AUGGGAAAGUUAUCUGUUGAUUUAUUGGUUGUUAACACUGCCGAUCUUAUUCGUAUGAAACAAGAAGAAGCAAGAGAUUCGAUUGUCGGCUUGAUUUUAGCUGCGAAAAUAUCGGAACCUCAAUUGUAUGAAUAUUAUAGAGAAAUGAUUAGUAGAGAUGACUGUAAAGAUUUAGUACCUUGUCUUUCAGAGAAAUUCAGUAAUAACAUGACAACCGUUAGAAUUCUUACGAUCAGAAAGGAGCUGUGUGCAAGCGUACAGAAGAUUCUCGAUGAAUUUAGAGAAUCGAUCCAAGAAGAUUGUUCACAGUCAUCUAGAGAGUUGGCUAUCAACACAUCACCUUUAUUCGCGCCACUUUUCUGUCGUCUCAAACAAUUGGAACAAUUCUUAUUUAGAUUAAGUUAA